AUGCUUUGGGAAUUGAACCAAACAUUGACUCAGUUAUUACGUCUAAUUUCAUGGCCCACUGAAAAUAGUAGAAGAAGCGCUAUUGAAUCGGUGCGCAAUUUCGAUUUAUCGAUAAUAACUUCGAAAUCGUUGAGUGCGAAAGCCAAAGUGAACCAGGAUUUAUUAGCUGAAGUAAGUUCCUCCAGUACAACACUAUUUAUUACCCAACGAAUAAUUGAUAGAUAA